AUGGAGCUGGCGAUGGAGAACCUGGGCAGCCUGCACGGCGUCCCGCACUCGCAGCCCGCCGAGCUGCUGAGCCCCGCGCACGGGCGGCAGAGCUCGCACCGCAACCUGGUGCCGCACGGCCGGCCAGCCAUGGUCUCGGGCAUGGCCUCCAUCCUGGAGGGGGGCGAUUACCGCGGCGAGCACAGCCUGGGCGCCCCGCUGCACCCCGCCAUGAGCAUGUCCUGCGAGUCGCCCUCCGGCAUGAGCCUGAGCAGCACCUACACCACGCUGACCCCCCUGCAGCACCUGCCGCCCAUCUCCACCGUCUCGGAGAAGUUCCACCACCCGCACCACCAUCACCACCACCACCACCCGCACCAGCGCCUGGCCGGCAACGUCAGCGGCAGCUUCACCCUCAUGCGCGACGAGCGGAGCUUGGCCUCCAUGGGCAACCUCUACAGCCACUACCCCAAGGACAUGCCGGCCAUGGGGCAGCCCCUGUCGCCGCUGCCCAACGGGCUGGGCAGCCUCCACAACGCCCAGCAGCCGCUGGCCCCUUACGGCCCCGCCGGCCACUUGCCCAACGAGAAGAUGCUCUCGCCCAACGGCUUCGACUCACACGCCGCGAUGCUGUCCCGGGGCGAGGAGCACCUGGCGCGGGGGCUGGCGGCGCCCAGCUCGGCCAUGAUGCCGCCGCUCAACGGGAUGCACCCGCACGGCCACCCGCACGGCCAGCCCGGAGCGUCGCUGCUGGGCGAGCGGGAGCGCCCCGCGCCCGGCCCCGGCUCCCAACCCGGCGGCUCCGGGCAGGUGGAGGAGAUCAACACCAAGGAGGUGGCUCAGCGGAUCACGGCCGAGCUGAAGCGGUACAGCAUCCCGCAGGCCAUCUUCGCGCAGAGGAUCUUGUGCCGCUCCCAGGGGACCCUCUCGGACCUGCUGCGGAACCCCAAGCCCUGGAGUAAGCUCAAGUCCGGCCGGGAGACUUUCCGCAGGAUGUGGAAAUGGUUGCAGGAGCCGGAAUUUCAGAGGAUGUCGGCGCUCAGGCUGGCAGGGUUUCGGGGUGCGAACUGGGGACGGGCUCGGCAGGGUGCUGCCGACCCGGUUUUUUCGCUUGGCCCCGGGAGUAUCCGGCCCCCGGGGCCGCUGCUGGAGCUCCUCCGCCGUCGGUACCGGGGCCGCGCUCUGGGGAAGCUCCGAGCCACCCCUCCGGUCACCGGCUGCGCUCGGCAGGAGGAACGGGACCCCCCUGUCCGUGUCUCCGGUUCCCGGCUGGGUCAGGGUCCCGCAGGGCCGAUCCCCGCGGCCUCGGACCGGCGCUGGGCCGAGGCUUCGCUGGAGAAACGUGGCUUUUCUGUGCGGAGGGAGGGCGGGGAUCGCGGGGAAAAACGCCAAGGGGGGGCAUAG